GACACCAUGCGAUCUGCUGGCGUCGCCUACGAAGACUGCAUCGUGAAGUGCGACGUGCAGGGCGCCCCUCUCCUUUCCACCGACCCCGUGCUCCACGCGGCGGUGGCCCGCGUGCAGAAGAUAUAUUCACAGACGUUCUGGCCCAUUCCAGAUGCUUUCGUGUUCGGACAGGCGUCCCAGGCGCUCGCGAAGAGAGGCUACAACGUUGACACCAUCACAGCCGCGGCGAAGAUACAGGCGAGAUUGUUCGCUCGCCUGUAUGUCGAGCAGAACUUCGGCGACGCCGCCGCCGCUGGGAUCUUCGCCCGCGACCCAGAUGCGAAGAAGUUUAUCAUGUUCUCCGUCGGCGUCGUCGCUGGGCAUCGAGUGCAGUUCGCCUUCGAGGAUGAUCGCGGCGCAGAAGCGCGUCGCGACAUAAUCGUUCGGCAUGCGCGCUGCGGUGGCGAUCGAGGAGUCACGGGGAAGUCGCUGCGGCAGGCUUGCGGCCUCUUCGAGAAGACGUCGAACGUGGCCGGGUCCCUGCGGGCGGAGAUCGACGCGCCCAACUCGCAGGAGCAAGAGAGCAGAGCCCCCAAGGAGUGGUUAGAUUUCAGCGUGGCGCUCAUUCGAGAAUGUCACAAUAAUAACAUGGACUUCCUUACGCUUCCAGCUUUCAAGGCGAUGUCGCUGCCGACCAGUUGCAAGCUUCCUGGCCCGAAACCGAAGGCGUUUGCGCGCCUGCAGGCAGAGGGCCCAUGGAUGGGCAUCGGAACGCUGGGCAAGGCGGCCGAUCGCAUCGCGCCGCGCAUGCGCACCAAUAACACCAUGGGCGCGCUGAUCGGAGAGAGUUCGAUGGGCUCGUGCACCUACCCAGAGGUCUACGACACGAUGUUCUUUCGGUCAGUAUUCUUCGAGCACGGAGCUCGCAGAACUAACGCCGUGGUUUUGGCGGGUGCAUUGGGCAAAGGUAUUCGGCGCCGCGGCCGCCAGGCGGCCGACGUGGCUGCGCGCGAGGCGGCGCGGUCUCGCCUCUUCGUCGACGACGCCGUGGGCGCGCAGUCCAUGGGCCGGCGCCUGCAGAAGGUCUCGCUCGCCAACACGUUCGAUUUGGGCAUGGGGAACUUCUUAUUUUGCAUCCUUCCGCAGAUGUCGAAGCGGCUGGGCCUCCCGGGCGAGAGGGCUUUCGAAGAAGAAAUGGCAAUCUUUGAUCGUCUGCAGAAGAAUCGGCGCCGAGCUUGCGAGCUGGAGCUCAGCGCGGGACUGCCCGUCCGCAAAGGGGCCUUCCUGGAGGUUGUGCGCGGGGCAUCCGCGCCCGUCGCUUUCAAGGGGAAUGAGUUCCUCGCAGCCCUGUCCAGGGCGCCCAGGAUGCUGAGGUGGCUGGCGGUUUCGCUGCUGCCUGAAGUGCACAGCGCGAUGCAGCCGCACGAGGGGACAUGGGCAGAGGUUUCUAUAUUCAGUUAUCUAUGGCAGGGCGUGGAGAAUAACGUGCUGCAGCACGUGGUCAGUUGCAUUUGCGGGGAGCGCGCAAAGCACUUGCUCUUGCAUUUCGACUGCGCGCGCGUGGGCGCGGACCGCGUCGCCGCGGCGGGGGGCGUGGAUAAUUUCUGCUCGGAAUGCUCUGCGCGAGUGCACGCCGCCACCGGCUACGAUGUCACGUUGCGCAACAAGGGGCAUUCUUAUUUAUGCAAUAUCCUGCGCGCGAAGAGCGAGGCAGUCGCCGAUGACGGCGGCCCGCGCAGCAACGAGGACAACGAGCAUCUGUUUCGCCAGGGCAACUGCAUGCCCUGCGCGAUCGCAGCACUGACUUUUCAGCGGGCGAACGCGCGAGAGAAAACCUCGGAGCCGCAGGGCGAGCUCUUCAGGAAGCACCGCGACGUGGCAGAGCUGCUGGAGCCACCGCUCUCCCCGAGGGCGAGCCUCCUGGACUCGCGUCACAAUGAUCACCUCAAUUUCUUCGAACUGCUGCGUGCGAAGGGCUUGGCAGUAGACGAUUAUGACAGCAGCGCGCCGAGCAGCGCGAACGACCGACUGUUUCGGAAAGGCAACUGCAUGGCCCGCGCGUUCGCAGCAGCGACUGGGCAGUGGCAGAGCGUGCGAGAGAAGAUUUUGGAGCAGCAGGUCGAGGAUUUCAGGAAGUACCACGACGUGGCAGAGCUGCUGGGCACGAGGUUCUUCCCGCGGCAGAAUCUCCAGGAUUGCGAGGGAGGGCGCUACCUUCUUCGCUCGGAGAACGGCGGGCCCCCGCGCUGCAUCGGCGCGGUGUUCCAGCACGGGGAGGUCGUGAUCUGCGAGAAAGGCAAGGCGCAGAAGAUGAGCGUGUCCGCUUUCGAGGAGUGCUACGUCAGCGCGCUCGACAUCAAGACGGUUGUAGCAUUCUGUCUGGACGGUAGCAUCGACGAUGAUGAGAGUGCGCAGCUGGACGGGCUGCUAGAUGUACUGGCCGCUGGAGACGACGAGGGCAGCGAGGCCAGUUGCGACGUGGAGAGCUUCGACGAAGGGACUGUUGACGUGCGCUCCGAGCUACUGCGAGCACUGAAGGCGGAGGUGGACGCCGCGAAAGCGGUGAUGCGGAACUUGCUGACGCACCUGUGUAAUUACCACAACCCAGAGAAGAAGAGCCAACGAUUUGGCGAGAGGCAGACGGGCUUCGGUAACUAUGUGGCGUCCGGCACGAAGCAGAUGGAGAUGAUCUUCGCGAUGUUCGACUCAGAUCGAUGCCAGGGGAAAAGCCAGGGCCGGUAUCCCGAACGCAGUGCCCAGAUGUUGCGAGAGAGCGUGAAGCCCGCGCUGACCUGCCUCAGGAUUGAUCGCGGCAUCCGUCUCCUGUUGGACGGCGCUGGGCCGAUAUUCAUCAACGCGUCCGCCGUCGUGCCCGAGCCGCCCGAAGGCCCGACGACGCUGGCGAGGGGGUCCCUCAGUGGCUGGAGCUUCUGGAAGAUCCCCUCAGCGCGCCAAUUGUUCGCGCCGCGCGGGAAAAAACUCAUGCAGCAGUUGCUCGAGCACGAGGAGUUCGUGCACGUGUCGAUCGACGCCGCCACCAGGGCGGCCAUGCGCAUCAAGGGGCAGGCGAAUUACCGCGACUCUGCAGAGAAGAGAGCCUCCACGCCAUUUGACGACACGGUGGUCAAGAGGCGCAUGCUCACAGUGCGCGGCCGCACGGCGGCCGUUGCAGGCAUGUGGCCGAUCGCGUCUGAGGCCGCGCGGAACAUCGAGGAUCUGCUUCAGAUGCGUCUUCCACAAGCAGCUCUCGAUCAGUGCCGCUCGCUCGCGACGGACGACCCUUCUGGUAAGUUGUACGGCCAGCUGCUAGAGAUCUGCAAGAAUUUGACCUGGCUGUCCUUGGACCCCGCGCACCUAGCCAUCUCUUACAAUUCGGCCAGCGGCAUGGUUCUGAACAAGUUCAACAAUAUGGACUACCAGGCUACCUCGGACGCGUGGGGCCCAGCGUAUUCUGGUGGACAAAUGCCACCUCUGACCCCGGAUCAGAAAAGAUGCCGGGACGCAGUGAAGAGCGGCGCCGUGCCCAGUCGAGAGGCGCAGCGCCUGCUGGACAACCUGAACGGGGAAGAGCAUGUCAGGAGCGCCGGUGAUUUCGCCAAAGCCAUGUUCUUGUUCAACAACACGCGGAUGCGCCAUUCUCUACCCAAGAAGUACCAAUCGUCAUUUGGUUCUGGCACCUCGCCGAACGAGGCGCUGCGCGCCGAGGUCAACAGGUGGUUCCGCAACCAGCCCGAGCUCUACCUUGAGGCGCUCGAACCGCAGCUGGCGGCGGCCACCCGCGCCAAGCUGAUCGCGCGCAACGCCGCCAUGUACGCGCCAGCUCUGAGAGCGCUCACCUCGCAGACAGUGCUCGCGACUGCGAUGG